UUUAAAAUUUUAAAGAAAAUUAAAGAAGUUAACUAUAAGUUAAAUUUAUUUAAUAAUAUAAAAUUAAAAACAGCUGUUUUUUAUAUUUUACUGCUAGAAAAGGUAUUAGUAGAUAAAGAAAUAGGUAAAUUAAUUAUAAAUAAAAUUAUUAUUUAA